AUGGAGACGGCCGCCAUCCUGCGCGUGCGGCACUGCGGCGCCGCCAUCUUCUGCCGCCGCGCGCCCCCGCUCUGCCCCGCCUGCGGCCGCCCCCUGCGCGGCGCCGGGCUGCGCGCGGCCCCCGUGCGCCUCCCCUGCCCCUUCGGCGACGGGCACCGGCGGCCCCGCGCCUUUCUGCUGCGGCCUUCCGUCGGCAGCUUCCUGGGAGAAUACGACGGGAACUCUGAUCUCCACGUCGGAAUAUCCAGCGCUCAGGGAGUGGUGUAUAAUUACAAUGAAGAGGGCAUUCACAGAGAUGCAACCGGAUGGGAGCAGUGCAUUAGUGUCCCACUAGUACAGCCAGAUAUGUUUGAGCUUCUUCAGCAGUGGGAUCACCUCCUAGAGGAAUUUUCUAUGGGAGAGGAGUGGCUUCCUCAUAGGUAUGAAGAACAUGACCACAACUGCUACACGUAUGCACUGGCAUUCAUUAACAGUGUACUGACUGCACAAGGAAAGCAGCAAAUGAGUAAAAGUGAAUUUACAGAGAAGUUUGUGAUUCCACAGACAAAGAAUGCUUCUAAGUAUAUUACCCUUCAUCAGGAACUAACCACUAAGGACUUCUACAUUGUACCCCUUCCUGAUCAAGAAGAACAGUGCUGAAAAUAAGUUGUCCAACUAGACAUUGUGUUCUGUUGAGACAUUUAAUAUUAGAAAUCGUAACGGCUUAUAAUUAGGGGUUUUAACAAAUCAACUGUUGAAAUAAGCUCUUUUGAAUCAAACAUUUUUCCCAUCACACGUAUGGUUAAAAAAAAAAAAAAAAAAAAAAAAAAAGGAGUUUGUGCUUGCAUGCUGCUCAAAUCUAAAGUCUGUGACAAAGCAAAAUCAUUUUCCUUUACUUCAGCUACUAGUAAAGCAUACAGCAUUUAUAACAUAAAUCCAGUCUCACUGUCAGGUACAUUUCUUUUCCAGUCCUUUAUGUUUUACAUGUUAUCCCUCAAACCAAGACAGACCCGUAACAUUAAAGGAUAGUCGUACAGCAUCCUAUCUGUAAUGAACAGCAGACUCGUCUGGAUCCAUCACAGAGAGAAAAAUAUAAAAGCAAUUUAUGUUUAAAAGAAAUAGAAAGAUGCUCCAACAGUACUUCUACCUACUGUACAUUACAGAGAAGUGUAUGCUGAGGACAAAGUUUUACUGUUCAUAAUUCUACACACUUAUUUACAUAUAUUCUAGCUUAAGAAAACAUGUUUAUCUUCCCCUCUACUAGCUUCUGCAAAGUAAAUGUAGACCUGAACUAGA